AUGAUGUCACCCAUCUUCUUCCACAUUAGGAAAUGGCACAGACAUCCAUCUAAGAGACUGGUCAACCUGGACAGAAAGGGUCGAGCUGAGAGCGAUAGAAGUUCUAGAGGAAAGGUUCUUGAUAACAGGCUGAGGAGUAUCUACUACAGAGUGGCUGUAUUUAUAGUAGACUUAGCGAAGAGUGUAAGAGCGAUAAGUAAGGAGCUUCGAGCUACGGAAAGUACGGAAGUCCGGAGAGUCCGGAAAGGCAAGAAGGUGAAAUGUGUGGAAGGAAACAAAGGAAACGGAGCGGAGGAGAUAAGGGAAUUUGUAACAAGUCCUGGGAACCCAUCGGUCAAGGUGGGCCGUAAUUGCUAUGACGACAGCACCAGUAAUGUAUCCAAGCACGCAAACAACUGCUUGCCAUGCAUCGAUGCUCAGACUGGAGCCAUGACCUUGUUCGCGCAAGGCUCUACAUACCAUCUGGCCAAGACUCGAGUGAAGACCGCCAUCUGGAUGGCUCGUCGCAACUGCCCUUUUGCGAUGAUAGAGGAUCCAGAACUCGUCGACAUUGUGCAAGACUUCAACUCCGAGGUGAAGCUGCGGUCCAUGUGA